CUAGCUACUAGAUCUAGUCUAGAUCUAGAAGCUAGAUUCCAUUUCUAAAUCAAGAUCUAAUCUAGAUCUAGAUCUAUAUUUCAGAUUCUAAACUAGUAUUGUGAUCUCAGUUGAGUAGGACUGAUCUAGCAGCCUGAAAAAAGCAUGUCAUAUUUUCAAGAUUCAUGGCCUAUACUGAUGAGUGAGGAAGAGUUAUCCAAGUACCCACAGUUCACUUCCCUUCUUACACGCUUAGGAGAUAAAUUGACACCUAAUGGAUGUAGUUAUCAUGUGCAGAAAAAAAUGGAUCUGGCCAAAAGAACUAUCACUCAAUCUCGUUACAACUGGCUAAUGAAUCAUGUAAUUUAUCAUGAGCUUUAUGAACUUUUGACAGACUUGGAUGUCAGAGGUCAAGAAGGUACACUUUCAUUGGAUGAAAAACAGUUUCAUCAAGUUUUCACAAAGACAAUGUCAUACAACGAGAUACCUGACUAUCUGCAUUUCCUUCCAAGUCUCACCUCCAAGUCCACUCUUUUUGGGUUAUCUGAAAGUGACAUCAAACGUCACAAUCCUGUCUCAAAUCAUCUUGAAGAAUUCCAACAAGUUGUCAUCCCCAUGCUGGAAGAAAAACUGAGAAAGAAAUGUGAAGAUCUGUAUAACUUCUAUGACCCAAGCAAAAGUCAAGAAUCAACUUCUGAUCGUCUGCUAGUAGCCAAAGCCACCUCACUUCCUGCUUUAGUUGAACAGAAACAGCAGACGUUAAAUCAGAUGAAGCUUGACAUCAAGAAAGACAGAAUAACCAGAGAAUUUUGGACAUACUACCAGAAAUUAUUGGAGAGCCUGUCCAUCAUGGAAACAAUAAUCAAAGAAUACAAGUUUGUCCAUCAGUCAAACGCUGACGAGGUGACUGUGGAGUGGUUGAAGGCGAGGUGUGAUGCUCUCUGUUUAAAAGUCAGACUGACACAGCUACAAAUACUCUGCGAUACAUACACAACAGAAUCUGUCAAAGCACUGAGGAAAAUUGGAGAACACUUGGACAAUGAAAUCAAACAAACAGAAACUGAACUGACAAGCACAACCCAGUCUCUCCAAGCCUACCACGCCAUUGGUGUGGAGUUCAAAACUCUGGUCGGACACUACACCCAGCUGCAGAAAGAGAUUGAGAACAGGAGAUGGGGGCUGGAACAGCUGAUGAAAGGAGGGGAAGGAAAGGAGGAGGGGGCUAUAGCACCUCAGUCAUCUCCUGCCAGUAUUUAUAGCACAGGGCAAGCUACUGGGGAAAAAUCUAGCACUGAGCUGUCAGGGGACGUAACUAGACCUUUUGGGGGAAAUAACCAACAUUUAAAACCACUGCCUAAAAAAGUUUCUUUUGAUGAUGGUUAUCCUUUAAAGCCACCAGGAACAGAAAAUUAAUAUUUACAUUCUUUUUUUAAUGCAGUUUGAAGUUUUUAUAUAGUAUUAAUUUUAGGUUAAAUGAAAUUCAGGUUUAAAUUUUUUUAACAAUUAUUUUUCCAGCCUUAGGGAAUUUUUUACUAUGUAAACAAAAGCUUUUUUUAAUAAUCACAUUCUUGACAGUAUUUGGAAGCAGUUUAAUAAUAUGCUCAAUCAAUUAGAUACAGUUAAAACAAAGAUGUAUAUUCUUGUUUAUUGUUUGUACAAAAAUU